CACACUGGGAUCAGGGCAGUCAGAGCAGACAAAUGAAACUGUCUCCAGUUCAGUUAUUCAAGUGGACUACUACAUCUGACUUGAGAAGAAGGAAGGAAAUCCGAUGAAACAGCAGAAAGCAGAGAUGGUGACAGAAAAGCAGAAGCAGCCUAAGAGAAUGAGGCAGAAAAAGUGUCACUUUUAGACCAGUACUGAUCUGAGCACAGCAGAGAGGGUUUUCUCUGUACUUGAACUCAUGUGUGGCUUGGACUCAACACAGCCCGCUGUUUUGUGGCCUGAUGAUAUUCAGACAUCACAGUGACCAGAGAGGAGGUGGCUAAAGAAGUAGAGGAGAAGUUUGAAACAAACCAGGAGUAAAGGAAGAAGGAGCAUGUUGACUUUUUGAAGGUAAAGGAGCGACACUAAGCUUCACCCAGAGCUGGCUACAGAGUGAUCACUAUGAGGGAGCAGAGCUUUUGCUUCACACAGUGGAGGGAGAUCAGUAAUGGAGCACCAAGGCUGUGGAAGAACCUGACGAAAGCCUACCGGACUUGACGACAUCAAAAACAUAAUCCGAUUCGAAAGAGAGAGAGCGGAUAACAAGGCAAAGAUGACAAGGAAGAUGAAUAAAUAUGGAAAUAAAGGGAGACACUGAGGGUGAAAAGUGAAGUUUUAGAGUGAAAGGAGGAGAUAAAACACCACACUCUACUAUCAGAUCUCGAGGAGAUCAGUAGGAAUAAGCCGGAGUCGCGAUGUUCAUGAACUUCCGUCGCAUCCACAAGUGCCAGUGUGUGCAACUACUGACCACAGGCCUGGUUCUGUGUGUGAUGAUGGUCUGCUGGGACGAGCUGGACCAUCAUGUUGUCAGCCAUGUGAGAUCCUACACGUACCGCUAUCUGAUCAACAGCUAUGACUUUCUCAAUUCUUCUCUCAUAAUCAAGCCCAGCCAUCGUCACAAUAAGGAUGGUUCUGACAGUGUGGAUGGUGGCUCAGUGAACUAUCCCUACCUCAUCAACCACCCAGUGAAAUGUGGAGGAAGAGAUGGGAAAAACUGGGACGACGUCCUGCUGCUUCUGUUUGUGAAAUCAUCCCCAGAGAACUUUGAGCGGCGGCAGGCCAUCAGGGACACGUGGGGGAACGAGAGCUUUGUACGGUCAGAACUUGGGGUGAGUGUGAGGUUGGUGUUCGCCAUCGGCAUCCAUCCAGAGGCUGAGCAGAGAUCCAGGGUGCAGAAGGCACUGCUGCAGGAGGACCAGGUCUACAGAGACCUGAUCCAGCAGAACUUUGUAGACACGUUUCACAACUUGACCGUCAAACUGAUCCUGCAGUUCCACUGGAAGCACACAUACUGUCCUCAGGCUCACUUCCUCAUGUCUGCGGAUGAUGACAUCUUCGUCCAUAUGCCAAAUUUGGUGAAGUACCUGCAGCAUCUCCUGAGUAGUCAAACAGGGGCUAAGGACCUGUGGGUGGGGCAUGUGCACAGGGGAGCCCCUCCAGUUCGUAUCAAACACAGCAAAUACCAUGUUCCCUAUGAUCUUUACCCCUGGCCUUCCUACCCAGACUACACCGCUGGAGCAGGGUAUGUGGUUUCAGGGGAUGUAGCCGCUAAAAUUUACCAGGCAACUCAGUUGCUCAACUCCUCUAUGUACAUCGACGAUGUCUUCAUGGGAAUGUGUGCCAAGGCCAUGGGGGUUUCACCCCAGGAGCAUGUGUACUUUUCAGGCGAGGGCAAAACUCCGUACCAUCCCUGCAUCUACAAUCACAUGAUCACAUCGCACGGUCAUGCCACAGAUGUGCGAUCACUAUGGCAGGCAGCAACAGACCCUACAGCAUACAGAAAUUCCAGGGGAUUUAUGAAUAACCUGUAUUGCACGGCAGUGAGAGUGAUGCUGCUGUGUAUACCGUAUUACCAGAACACAUACUCCUGCAUUGCUGCUUUUACUUAAAUGGUCUUAAGGGUGACAGGGAGACAGAUGAUGAAUACCUCACACCAUUGGUCUGCCAUUUUUCUCUCUCAUACUACUUCACGUUCUGCUGGCUGUCUGGUGCUGUCUUGUAAUAAAGAUCAAACCUGUUCUGUUAAGCAAACAAAUGCACUCGACUGUACUUCAGUCACUGUCAGGUUCUGUUUACUUGAGUACUUUUUGUGUCUGUGUGCACAUGUGGACAAAACUACACUCCUUUAUUCACUUGCCAGCUUCUGAUUGCUUUUCUGAAGAAGUGUAGCUUAGCCUGGAGAGUCCAAAAUUACUUCUAAACUGGAAGUUAUUAUGGUUUGAAUGAGUGACAAAAUUAAGGUCAUGCUCUGAACACAUCAACCUGUGGUUAAAAAAAAAAAAGCGUGAUUGCUAGUGUUUGAGGAUAAAGGCAAAACCAAAUCAUCUCUAUCAAACCUUCAUGACCGGCUUUACCAACUACAAAGCUCAGCGAUGCGCCUGAAUUUUUUGGCUUGAUAACGCAGCUGCCAUGUGAGAAGCUAAUCUGAGCAGCUUUAUUGGUUUUUGAAAUGCUUGGAUCAUAACUUUAAAGCACAGGUUAUGCAGAGUGUAGAAGCAAUGUGGCCAUAAAUCAUACAUGUUAGGAAUAGACAAAAAAAAAAAGCCUGAAAUGUUUUGUACCAUUUACUUGUGUUUGUUUUUUGUAACUUAUUGAAUUUCCCUCCCAUUAGGUUAACUAAGUGCAUCACACAUGUCCUGCUGGACACCAAACAGCCAGCUGGAGGAAGGCUACAUCUGGACUGAGCUAAAUGAUGCCAGAUGAUUGCAUUUCCUUUUACAAGGAGCAGACAAAACAGAAGAUAGAAAAUGUUUGAGACAGUCAGGGUUGCAGCAUGAUUAUGAGCUAUUGUGCAUGUUUUUAUUUUCACUGUAAGUGAGCUUGGGACUCAUCGAAAUUUUAAGGUUCCUUCCUGCUCUGUUUGACUUCUGCACCACACUACUCCCCCUUCUUUUCCUGCCAGUCUCUUCCUUUCUCACCACUGCUCUGCUGCAUCCUGGUAAAUUGUGUAUUUGAUAAAAAUGCUAAGACAUGCUGAAUCAUCAUGACCCUUGAAGGAACUUUUUUUUACUGCUGGAAAGCAUUCACCAUUAAACAAGUGAUGUUA